AUGGCAUCCAGUAGUUCUGUUGCUGUUACCUCUUUGGAUUAUUCAACAAGUGAAAGUCAACCACCUUACAGAAUAUUAAAUAGAAUGUCCACCUUAUUUGGAGGUAAAAAGAAGACGACUGUCAACCAUGGUGCUUCCUCUUCAUCAUCCUCUGCGCCAUUGCCCGAUGAUAAUGAUAAUGAUACACUGGUUGCUUCACAGGUAGACUCGCUGUUUCAAGAAGAGAGAAAUACAUCCUGUGUAGAUUCUAUGUAUUCUUCACUUCAAUCUCGUAGCUCUCGAUAUCGUCCAGCACCUACUAAUCCAGAUACACCUGCACCACUUCGGACCGUCCAACUGAUGGACCCCGUUGUCCACUUACCUACACCUCCUCCUCCUGCUCCUCUUUCUCCACCCAUCAAAGAGAAUCCGCCCACUCCUCCAUCACCCACACCUUCUACUUUACGAAAAUCAACCCCUCCACCAGGCACCUCUUCACAAAAGGUUGAAGAUGUGGAAGCCCAGUUCAAGCUGUUACUGCGUGAAUAUGCUCCUUCAGCCGACCAUAUGAGCAACGUCAAUAACUUAACCUUUGAACAAAAAGAAAUGUUAUUAAGAUCCUCACGUUCACCUGCUUUACUUCGUAAAAAUUCAACAUUCUCUCAUGUAAUGCCUUCUUUUUCGUUAAAAGCGACGUUUGGCAUGAAGAAAUCCAAACCCCACAAGCAAGUCAACAAUCCUGAUUUUUUUUAUAAUUCACCCUAUGCAGAGCCCAACAAUAAGAGCGACGCUACAUUAAGCUUGCCUGUGGAUUUGAAGCCAAACAAUACUGCGCCCGCUGGAAGGUAUGGUCGUACAAGAGCUGCUUUACCCAAUAGCCAGGAAUCAUAUGGAAGAAGUACAUCACGAAGCAAGCUCAAGUCAACGCCCGAAUACUUUGUGCAUCUGUUGAGAGAAACCCACGUAAGAGAGUUAGAUGACGCUGAAGUACUCGAUCUGCGUGUGUUCUUGAGAAGUGUUGUUGUGAGUUGGACGAGUGAAUUCUUGGCUCAAGGAGGAUACGAAGCCAUUGCCAAUCUUUUUAAGCAAAUGAAAGAAGCUCCUAAACGACUUGCUAAUGAUAACCGUAUGUUACAACAUCUGGGCAAAUGCCUUAAAACUAUCAUGACGCAUCAAUCAAUGGGUACGCAAAUUGUACUUACUAAUCCUAGCGCCCUAUUCCAUAUCCGCGAUAUACUAUUUGGUCCAGCCAGUAAAAAGCAAAAGCAAGUGUACGGACUGGAUAUUACCACACGCAGUCUAUUGCUCAAUCUUUUAUGUACAUUAGCCACACUCCAGACUAAUCGUACACCGCAAGUAGAGUACGUCCAUGGCUAUGAUGUACUCCGACGUCUCUUACUGGACCGCCCUGCUGAUCGAUUGUAUGAAGAGGAGGAUAAGAAAAAUCAGCCUAAACAUGUCUCACCCUUUCCUAUCUCGUUAAAGACAGAUCCUAAAGAAAUCUUGCAAAUGAUUAUGGAGAAGGAUCCUAACGGAGAGGCGAUUGGUCAAGAAUAUGAAUGGGACUGUGACGAGUUAAAGCCUCGUUAUACAUCUUGGAUGCGAGAAUUGCAGUAUACGGUGGAGAGACAUAUUGAAACCAUCACGUUUUUGGCACAAGUGUUGAACUAUGACUUUAGAAGUGCGUACCGACAAAUUAAACAAAGACAAAACUUGACUGAACAAGAAGCUGCAGCAGCUGCAGCGGCUCAUCCUGAUGCUUCAGGCGCGGUAAUGACGGAAGAAGGCGUGGUGGAUUAUAUUAUCACUCAUCUGCGACUGAUUCGUACCGUGGUCACGACACAGCCAACUACAUACACUGGAUGCUAUGAUGAACGUGAACAAGAAAAGAUGAGACGAGAAUUAAUGUUAUCUGGCUUUGAUAAAAUAUCUAAGAUUUUAAUCCAGUGUCCUCAUCCUACGGUUCGGUCUUCCUAUAUUAAUUACUUGAGACCGCUUAUGAGUCCAUGUGCUGACUUAUCUGUUCCUUUGGAUCCAGUUCAAGAUGUAUUUGCAUCACCACCACCUUUGCCUAUGCGUCGAGAUGUAGAAGGAGGAUCAGACAAUGAAGAGGAUGAUGAUGACAGUCUGUAUGAUGAUUAUGAGCUUUCAGUGUACGCUAAUGAAAAUGCGGAUCCUGAAAGUAAUGUUUUAGGUGAAAGACAAUGGAGCUACGAAGAAGAUCCUUAUUACGAUGAUAUAUUCCAAGACGAAGAAUAUAUCGAGGAUCAUUUCAACUCUGAAAACGAGUCAGAUAUAUCUGCUGGUAAUUUUUCUGAAGAUGAAGCAUCAUCUAAGCCAGCUACUACUACUCGUGUGAUCAAUUUGUUUGAUCAACAAUCUUGA